AUGAAGCCCCUCAAAGCAUGCACCGAAUGCCGAAGAAUUAAGCGGAAAUGCACCCGCCAAAACGGGCGGAUCGGAGACCCAUGCGACCAGUGGCAGAUGAAGAAUCUCAAGUGCACUUCCUGUUUGACAAACGUCACUGCCCAAAGACUUUCCCUGCUGCCAAAUUUGACUACGGUUGAUAUCCCAGUCGAUGUCGCUACUCGUCUUGUUUAUCACUACCUCACCAAGCUCCAUAGUCGACCCCAUAGCUUGUUCCACCCCGCUACCCUGAAGAAACAGGUACAGGAUGGCUCUGUCAAUAAAGCGCUACUGCUGGCCAUUUGCAGUAUGGGUGCUAGAUUCGACGCCCGUGAGAAUAUUAGGUCGUUGGAAGACACAUACAUUGGCGAAUCCAAGCGUUUACUUCUGGCGGACUUGGACAACAUCUGCAUCGAGAAUGUGCAGACAUGUAUUUUAAUCGUUAACCUCUACGCUGCCCACCUGAACCCCUCUUCUGAAGCCCUAUUCUUCCGCAUCGGUGUCAAUCUGCUACAAAUCAUGGAAGCCGACACUUUAGCGACCGAGACAUUGAUCGACCGUGAGACAAGGAUAAGGGCGUGGUGGACGCUGUACAUGGCCGAUCGCUGGUCAUCUUCCAGUCUUGGACUAACCCUACAGAUCCGAGACACCGAUAUUGCCGUUGAUCUUCCCAUGCACGAGCUCAUCUUUGAGUCUAUCCCCAGACGAGACGGAACUGAAGGUCCCCUGACAGCCGGGACUUUGGGCGCACAAGAUUUCUCUGGUUCGCCUGUUUGGACCGAUCAAGGAUCUCAAGACGCAAAAGUCUCGAAGAAGCUGACCGACUGUGAAAAGCAAGAAACGUUUGAGGAAAAGAUCGAAGUUUGAGGCCACCAAUUCUUUAUUUGAGCUACUGUGUAGUUGACUCCUUUACAAGCUAUGUAGUCUUCAAUUAAGGCCCAGUUGAUGCGCUUGAUCUGAUGCAGGUAACGGCAAGAGAAGGGCCUAAUUGAUAUAAACAGUC